AUGAAGUUCUACCUUCUCCUCGCAUUGGCCACUCUUACCAUCGCCGCUCCCCCUCCACUGGAGGGGGCAAGCAAGCGAGCCUGCGACUACACCUGCGGCAGCGUCUGCUAUACGUCCUCCGCGGUGAGCGCCGCCCAAGAACAGGGCUACAACUACUACUCCGAAGGCGAACAGGUCGGAAGAGACAACUAUCCCCACAAGUACAAUGACUAUGAGGGCUUCGACUUUCCCGUGUCGGCACCAUACUACGAGUUCCCGAUUAUGAGGAAUGGGGACCUCUACGACGGGGGCUCCCCUGGCGCGGACCGGGUGAUCUUCAACGAAAAUGAUGAGUUGGCAGGUGUCAUUACGCACUCUGGCGCUGAUGGAGAUUCGUUUGUGUCUUGUUAA